UGUCCUUUACUCAGCCGAGCGCCGCAAACACCACGCGUCUCCAGUUCACUUCUCUCUGUACAAUGAUAUUACUGCCACGGCAUUGAUCUUGCCAGGCCUCUCACUCCUUUGACGUCUCUCGACAAGCUGUUGCAACUGCGUCUGCAAUUGCAAUUCUCGGUACGCGGACCGAGACACUUGCUUGCCCGUGCUACAACUCCCCGGUCUCACAUCCACGCUUCACAACCCUGAACACCCUUUCGAUCCCAACUGCUUGCAGUGCAAUUCGCAACGAUGCCGCCCAAGUCCGCUUUCACGCGUCUCGACGCCUUCACAAAAACCGUCGAAGAUGCGCGCGUCCGCACAACCUCUGGAGGAAUUGUCACAAUCGUGAGCUUGCUGGUGAUCUUAUGGUUGACAUUAGGCGAGUGGGCAGACUACAGGCGGGUGAUAGUCCGCCCUGAGCUGGUUGUAGACAAGGGCAGAGGCGAGCGCAUGCAGAUCAGCUUGAACAUUACAUUCCCGCGAAUGCCUUGCGAGUUGCUCACCCUCGAUAUCAUGGAUGUGUCCGGCGAGCUGCAGAUGGGUGUCGCACACGGUAUCAACAAAGUGCGACUGAGCCCCGAGAAGGAGGGCAGCACGGACAUCGAGACUAAGGCUCUUGAUCUACACAAAGAUGAAGCCUCUCAUCUUGCCCCCGACUACUGCGGCGAAUGCUACGGCGCGCCCGCUCCCACCAACGCACAUAGGUCCGGCUGCUGCAACACUUGCGACGAAGUACGCGACGCUUACGCCUCGGUAUCGUGGUCUUUCGGCCGUGGCGAGGGUGUUGAGCAGUGCGAGCGUGAGCAUUACGCCGAACACCUUGAUGCACAGCGCCAGGAAGGAUGUCGUCUCGAGGGUAGUAUCAAGGUCAACAAGGUCAUUGGCAACUUCCACAUUGCCCCUGGAAAGUCUUUCUCCAACGGCAACCUACACGUACAUGACCUCGAAAACUACUUCAAGGACGAGUAUGCGCAUACCUUCACCCACAAGAUUCAUCACCUCCGCUUUGGUCCCCAGCUCAACGACGAGGUGGUGCAGAACAUGGCGAAGCAUCCCCAAGCACUUGGUCCAGGUGGCUGGACGAACCACCACAUCAAUCCUCUGGAUGGUACCGACCAGCACACAGACGAGAAGGCUUUCAACUACAUGUACUUUGUCAAGGUCGUCUCCACUGCUUACCUGCCGCUUGGCUGGGAGAAGGAGGCGCCCAACCCUACACACGAAGACGUCGGUGCGGUCAUUGAGGGAAACCACAAGGGAAGCAUCGAAACGCAUCAAUACUCCGUUACAAGCCACAAGAGGAGUCUUCAGGGUGGCACUGACGAGCAGGAAGGUCACAAGGAGCGCAUUCAUGCACGUGGUGGCAUCCCGGGUGUCUUUUUCUCAUAUGAUAUCUCGCCAAUGAAGGUUAUCAAUCGCGAAGUGCGCGAUAAGUCUUUCUCUGGCUUUCUCGUUGGUCUGUGCGCCGUCAUUGGCGGUACACUCACAGUGGCUGCCGCAGUUGACCGUGCGCUUUACGAAGGCGUCAACAAGAUCAAGAAGAUUCAUUCGAACUGAACUCGGGAAAUCUGUUUCAUUACAAUUUGGACAGGACAGCAACUAGCGGUCUGACCGAUAUAUUCGUGGGCUGUAGGCCAGGAGUUACGGUGUAUCUAUUCGGCUAUUUGGAUUUUGGUGGGCCUAACAGGCUUAGAUCUACGAACCGAGAGGUCAAGAGCAUUUGGAGCUGAGCUGGGAAUUGC